AUGUUGGUCUGCGCGCUGGCUGACGAGAAGUACACGACCAAAUACGACAACAUCGACUUGGAUUCGAUCCUGAACAGCGACCGUCUGCUCAACAACUACAUAAACUGCCUGUUGGAUGUCGGAAGUUGCACGCCCGACGCCAAGGAGCUCAAGAAGUCUCUGCCGGACGCCUUGGAGAACGAGUGCGAGAAGUGCAGCGAGAAGCAGAAAACGGGCAGCGAGAAGGUCAUCCGGUUCUUGAUUAACAAGGUACGUUCACCGGCAGCUGCAUUCACCGUCGCUUUUCCGCGGCUAAUUGAACAUAAAAUGCGCCAGUCACUUCGUCGAUUUCGGCCGAUGUUGUGGGACAGACUGUCGAAGAAGUACGACCCGACCGGCGAGUACAAGAUCAAAUUCCAGGACAAGGCAAAGGAAGCUGGAAUCAAAGUUUAA